GGUGUGUGAUGACGGACCACACAAAGCGGAAUCCAAGGGACUGGGCAGUGGGCAGAGCGACGCUGGUUGUCCCGAAGGAGCAAGUAAAACCAAGGUGGCAAAGUACCGAGCCAAGUUUGACCCGAAAGUCACAGCAAGUAAACUCCGCCAUAUCAACGCAGUUGUUAUUACGAUAAAACGGUUUGUUUUUGUGAAGAGGAUCCGAGAUGUGGGAGCAUGACCUUAGUGCAAGAGACCACCAAGCGAAUAAGUGACAGUUCAGAGGUUGCGGGCGGAUUAUCCAAACAUUUCUUCAGUAUGCAGUAGAAAAAAAAUCCUUUGCUACAUGUUUGACAUAGAGCACCAAAUCAAAGUGAACUUUUGAACGAAAUGCAGAAUGAAGAUUCCUGUCUAAAUCCAUCCAUCACUCUAUACUUCAGUGGAGAUACCAUGCAAUGGUAUGACAUCAAGGCUCUUAUUGGAAGAGGAAGUUUCAGCAGGGUGGUGAGAGUUGAACACAGGGCCACCAAGCAGCCCUUUGCCAUCAAAAUGAUUGAGACCAAGGCAAAAGAAGGAAAGGAAGUUUGUGAGUCUGAGCUCAGUGUGCUCAGAAGGGUCAGUCACCGCAACAUCGUCCAGCUGAUUGAGGUCUUCGAGACUCAAGAUCGCAUUUACAUGGUGAUGGAAUUGGCGACUGGUGGAGAACUUUUUGAUCGUGUCAUUGCCAAAGGAUCGUUUACAGAAAGAGAUGCCACGAGGGUACUGCAGAUGGUUUUAGAUGGGAUAAAAUACCUACACACCCUGGGGAUUACACAUCGAGAUUUGAAACCGGAAAAUCUACUUUAUUAUCACCCAGGAUCAGACUCCAAGAUCCUCGUCACUGAUUUUGGACUAGCCAAUUCUGGGAACAAAGGUGGAGAUUGGUGCAUGAGGACCACUUGUGGUACACCAGAGUACAUAGCACCAGAGAUCCUACUGAGAAAACCUUACACCAAUGCUGUUGAUAUGUGGGCUUUGGGUGUGAUCUCUUAUAUUUUGCUGAGUGGAACUAUGCCAUUUGAAGAUGAAAACCGGACCAGGCUUUACAGGAUGAUUCUCAAGUGCAAGUACAGUUACGUAGGUGAGCCAUGGCCGAACGUGUCAAACCUCGCCAAGGACUUUAUUGACCGGCUGAUCACAAUAGACCCUAAUGAGAGAAUGGCAGCUGCCCAAGCAUUGAAACAUCCAUGGGUUGUGACAAUGGCUGCAUCAUCUUCCAUGAAAAACCUCCACCGUUCCAUCUCCCAGAACUUGAUGAGGAGAGCAUCCUCCUGCGGUCAAAGCUCGAAGUCAGCAGAGACCACCAAAUCUAGCCGCUCCAGCAAAUCACGCCGUUUGCGUGAGAAGGAAAUCCGGGAAUUCAACCUGUGGUACCAGCAGCACAUAGAGCAAGAGUAAUUAAUUUGUUAGUAAGCUAACUAUAAUUUUCUCCCAAUAAAAAAAUCAUAUUGAAAUAAAACUAAAUUUUCAUUAGUUGCUUUAUCACUUAGAAUUAUUUAAGUGAUAUUAGAAGGAUUAUACAUAUUCUGAAGACUGCAGCUAUAAUUCUCCA